CCACAUGUGACGUUCGCUCUCUGCCGCCUCUUUCCAACCAGCGUCACUUCCGCUGCCUUUACUCGGGUGACUGAUCACCGGUGCCAGGAGGAGAGUUACCGGGAGCGAGCUGCCAGCAGUGACGAUCGGUCUGUGUCUCGCAUCGCCCGGUCCCCAGCGCCGCCUGCCUUUCACAAAUCAACACCAUGUCGGAAUUUGACGCUUUCGACUCUGUCGGUAACGGGGUGUCCGCCGAGGAGGACCCGGCCGCCGCCUUCCUGGCCCAGCAGGAGAGUGAGAUCGCCGGCAUCGAGAACGAUGAGGGGUUCAGCAUCCUGGACAGCGGCGACUUGCCCGACAGUCUGCACGACGGGGGAUCCGAUGCUGUUAUGAAUGGUGACUUCUACCAGGAGUCAAAUGGGCCAACAGACAGUUAUGCUGCUAUUUCCCAAGUUGACCGUCUGCAAGCAGAACCAGAGAGUAUCCGUAAAUGGAGAGAGGAGCAAAGGAGUCGAUUAGAAGUGCUCGAUGCUAACUCUCGAAAACAAGAAUCUGAGUGGAAAGAGAAAGCUUCAAAGGAACUAGAUGAGUGGUAUGCCAGACAGGAUGAACUGUUACAGAAGACAAAAGCAAAUAAUCGGGUGGCAGAUGAAGCUUUCUACAAACAACCCUUCGCUGACGUGAUUGGUUAUGUCACAAACAUAAACCAUCCUUGCUACAGCCUAGAACAGGCCGCUGAAGAGGCGUUUGUAAGUGAUGUUGAAGAAAUCAGCCCAGGAACAGAAUGGGAGCGAGUGGCUCGUCUUUGUGACUUUAACCCCAAGUCUAGCAAGCAGACGAAAGAUGUUUCCCGAAUGCGCUCUGUCCUGAUAUCACUCAAGCAGGCUCCGCUGGUUCACUGAGAACAAAGCACGACAAAACAACAUGACAAUUACGAUAUUUUAAUCUCAGAGAAGCUAUGUUUGCAGAAUAUGGUUAUUUUACUACUUUCUCCUUUUUGGGACCAAACCUCAUGUAUUUGAUAUUGAUCAUUGUAUGUAAUUGCCAGUUUACUCCUGGUUUCUCCUCCCUUGUACUUAGGAAUCAGAUUUGGAGUGUACCCACAUCGAUCAUAGUCUCAGUGUGCUUCUGUGUCUCAUAAAUUGUCAUUGAAUUUUGAUUUGUGCUUAAUUGUAAUAGUGAUAUUAAAGGUCUAUAUAUGGUCAAGUCUUCAUGAUUGUUAAACUGCUCCAUAAUAGGCAACAGUAUUUUUACUUCUCAAAACUACUAUAUUCUGGUAAUAAAUUACGUCAAGAUCUCCUCACAUUGGUAAAUAACAAAGGUCUGAAUAUCAUUUGAACCUAUUGCAGUCUAUAAAUAUUGUGAACAAUAGCAGUGAAGCACGUGAAUGCAAAGUUGUAGAAUACGUAGGUUCUAUUCAUUGGAUACAAAGACCCAUGAACAUAAAUGGCACAAUAAGACAUCCAUUUUGGACCUAACAAAGCUUCCACUAAAAGUGAUUUAUACCUUAAAAUUACUUAAAUUUACGCUCACAUUUGUCACCUAUUUAAUCUCUCUAUUAUUUAUGUAAGCACAUCCAUUGGAUUACUAUAGGCCUUGGAUUUUCCUUGUUAAUGCUCACUUUGCUGUAAAUCGGUUUACUUUAGUGAACUGUUAAUAAACGGAGAACAUUAUCUUUAUAUGUAA